GAAGCACAUGCAUGUCUCAAUCAAUCUGACCUCUGCCUCACGCUCACACCACAAAGACAUCUACUUCAUCGGCCAUGAAAUCCCUGCUGCCCCCAAACAGAGCGUUGCCCUUACGUCUCACCCCAACAUAGCCCUCAGGCACAUCUUUCCUGUGGAUGGACUGACGGCAGCGGCGCAUGUCAGUACGAGCGCCACCCUCACAGCCCAACCACAGCCACCAGCCGACCCUCACCUUCGCCCCGCCCACUGUCCCCUCCCGCCCGGCCACACGCACUGGCAGCCAGCCCUCCCCCAUUUUGGUAGGUCCCUUGGCGAAGUGGCCGGCGAGCGAGAAAUACCAGACAUCACACCAGUAGUACUUCUUCUUGUAGCCUGUUGGGUCGUCGGGCACUUGGAUGUUGGCACUGAUGAAGGCGCCGAAGACGUACUUGUCCUUGCGGAUGAGGAACACCAGGUUCUUCGUGUCGCCCACACACCGCAGCAGAUCGCCAUACGACGGCCCAUCAUGCGAGGCCCUGAAAAUAGGAGAAAGACGGGAGAGAGAGAGAGUCAAACGAUGGACGAUGUAGGACACCUGUAGAUGAGCUUCAGGCUGUUUUCACUUGUCGCUCCGAGGAACCGAUAGAGUGCCGCCGACUGGAGCGGAGCGAAAGCUGCACCCUCGACCACCUGCAAUCAAAUCAACAGAACACUGAUGAGGCUCUCCCUCGCUGAUGUGUGAGUGACCUUAAGUGAGAGCAGUGACCGGCCAUCAAGACGAAUGACUUCCACCUCGUCGGCCGUGAAGUACUCACCGCCCCCAAACACAGCCCGGCCACGCUUACUCCUCAGCCCCACAUAGCCCUCAGGCACAUCAAGGCUCCAGAUGGAAUGACCGCAGCUGCGCAUAUCAUCAGCAGCGCCACACCCCAACCACAGGCACCCACCGAACCCACCGAUCCCCAGCUUCGCCCCAUCCACUGUCCCCCCCCGCCCCGCCACCCACACGCACUGCCUGCAUUCCCACAACUUGGUCGGUCCCUUGGCGAAGUGGCCGGCCAGCGAGAAAUGCCACAUAUCACACUCGUACCCGUCGACGCCCGUUGGCUUAGCGGGCGGCUGGAUGCCGGCGCUGAUGUAGACGCCGAAGACAUAGAUGUCCUUCCGGAUGAUGAACAACAGGCCGGUAUUGUCGCCGACACAAUGGAGGAGAUCGGCAUACGACGACCCAUCACGUGAGGCCCUGAGAAUACGACAAACACAUGCUUGAUCGAUUGCACGGGCUUUCUGUGAUGUGUGUCGUACCUGUACAGCAGAGUAAAUCCCAACUCGUCAAACACGGAUGGGACAAGCCAGGAGUGGAGGCCCGCACACUCAGCCUCACUCAAACUGCUGCCAACGAUCAUCUGCACGUAAACGCAGACGCUAGUCUUGAAGAUUGCAUGCAUUCUUGUUUCUUAUCUGGACGCAAUCAUGCCAUGUGCAGACUCUCACUUGCGGGUCAUGCAGUUUGUCAUCCUCGUCUGUUGUGCUGCGAAUUGAAACGGCCAUGACAUGACCAACCGCACCAUCAGACACACUUAUCAUAUCAUCACCAUCCUGAUGGCACAGCACAGAUGUGCAAUAAGUGAUGUGCUGCCGUCUUUGUCUGUGUCUGUCUGACCUCUGCUAUGUCACUCAGGCUAUCGUCGGCAGUCAUUGUGAACACAGACUUGGCCGAUGAACGGGACCACACCUGCACACACAAACUCACAAUGCCUGACCGUCUGUGUGGGUGUCCAUUUCACUGCCUUUUGCUGACCACAGACGGCGGGCCCUCUCGGUGGCUGCGUGUGGGGGUCCUUUGGAUUUUGUUUGGCGGCCUCUCGUUGGUCAGUCGACUCUCUGACGGCGCCAUCUGAACGACAACACAUACAGCUCAAAUAAGUUGCUGCUGCUGCUUUCGCCAACGUGUGAAUGAGUCCUCUUGGUUUGGUUACGCUCAUGGUGUUUUGCCCCGAGUGCUGCGACUGCUGGUCGAGCGGCCGAUUGCGGGCAGCAGCAGCAUCGUCGUCUAGUGGGCAGGUGGGGGUCUGCAGCCAGACAAGUCAAGACACGAAGGUGUUACUUGCUGCUGUGGUGUCAGCCCGCUGAGUGUCUUACCUGUCGGCUGAGGUCGGUCAUCGGUCCGAUGAAGCCAUCUGCCACCUGGAUGUCAGCAGCAGCAGCAGCAGCAUCAGCUGAAGCUGCUUCCGACUGGUGAGUGAGGGGCCUGGGUAAGGGAUGGGGAUGCGGCGGACGCAUUGGGAAAGGGGGAUCGACAGCAGCAGCAGCUGCUGCAGCGGCAGGUGGCUCAGAGGACGGCAAAGGAAUCUGAAAAAGGAGGCAUAGACUGAUGAAAAGUGGAUCUCUCACUGCAUUUGUUAUCUUUGCCUGACCUGUUGGCAUCGCUUCCUGAAGGUUUUGAUCCACUUGUCGCUCGCCGAGAAGCCAGUGACGCCCAGCCGAAUGGCGAUCUCCAUCGCCUUGGCUCUGAUGGCCUUGGGGGGGACGCUCGUGGGGUCGUCAUGGGUAGCCAUCCACUGCCGCAUGUCGUCCUCGAUCUGCUGGUACUUGGGCGGCCUGUUGCGCUUCUUGUCUGAGUCGACGAUUUGCUUGCCCUCCUCCCUCUGUUUUUUGGUGGCAUAACACCACUGCCUGAAGCGCUUGGGUGGAAUGCCUUUCUCCUUGGCGAACUGGGACAUGUUGAUGGACUCGCCGGAUUGCUGUCGUCGAAUGAACUCGUCCACCAGCUGCAGCCGCUCGCCGAUUGCCACCUCGCCCGCCCUCUCUGUCGACAUCUGGACAACCGUGAACAGCAGACAUGUGAAGACAUGUGAGUGAGCGCAGUUUCACCUGUUGUGAGGAUCCUCCUGUCGUUCCUUUUGUUGAUGUGGGCCGUGGUGGGAGCGACUCCGAGCGAUCGUAAUGGGAAGCAGCCGAUGCACCCCCGCUUACCACCGGCUGACCCAUAACCACCAGGCCAUGAUUCAAAAAGGGCCACUCAGCGUCAUCUAAUCGACAAUCGGAUCCUCGUCUGUGCGGUUCUCAGUGUGUCGUGUCGGUCCACUCACUGUGAUGCGAGUCUGUCGUCAAUCCACCACCGAGAUCAUUCGAUUCCCAUUCUGUCUGUGGCUGCACUGCGCACACAGACACACAGACACACAGCCAGGGAGGGUCAACAGACGUCAAACAGAUGGCCGUGCAGCGACUGUGUUUGCGCACCUGAUGAUGAGCGUUUUCGUGAUUCACCGUGACUGCAGCGGCGGCAGCCACCUGUGGGGAAAGGCCACCACGUGACAUUGCUUGCCGGGUGUGCUCACCCCACUGACGCACGUACCUGUGUUUGACUGUAAUGACGCUCAUGAUGCUCCUCGGCCGAUGCGGUGGCCCACAUCCAAUCACCCUCAAGAUCACCCUGCACACACAUGAGAAGCAGACGAAAAAUGAGCCAAAGCAGUGACGUGUUGCGGCACAGCACAUUACCUGUGCGUCAGAUCUGCCCAAAUCACUCAUCAGAAUGCCCUCUUUUCGCCGGACGA